AUGGGUACUAGCGAAAUAAAAUCACCAGAAGUUCUACCAGAGACGCCAACAACAUAUGAUGGAAUUUCAAACUCAACUCAUAGCAAGAAGCUUGGAAUUUAUUUCCUAGAGUCCGAUAAUAGGCGGAUGGCCUUUGGCCGGGGCUAUACCGGCGGAACUACUCCUGUUAACAUCCAUGGGAAGCCUAUUGCUGACCUCUCAAAGACCGGUGGCUGGAUUGCUGCCUUGUUCAUUUUUGGGAAUGAAAUGGCAGAGAGGAUGGCUUACUUUGGUCUCUCAGUUAACAUGGUGGCCUUUAUGUUCUAUAUUAUGCAUAGACCCUUUAACAGUUCAUCCAAUGCAGUGAACAAUUUCUUAGGAAUAUCUCAAGCAUCAUCUGUCCUCGGCGGAUUUCUUGCGGAUGCGUAUCUCGGUCGAUAUUGGACUAUAACAAUUUUCACAACAAUCUAUCUUGCGGGUUUGACUGGCAUAACCUUAUGCGCAACAAUGAAAAUUUUCAUGCCGAACCAGGAUCAAUGCGAUCAGCUGUCCUUACUUUUGGGUAAUUGUGAGCCAGCGAAAUCGUGGCAGAUGCUGUAUCUUAACACAGUUCUUUAUGUGACUGGAUUUGGAGCUGCAGGUAUAAGGCCGUGCGUUUCUUCUUUUGGAGCUGAUCAGUUUGAUGAAAGAAGUGAAAAUUACAAGUCUCACCUGGAUAGGUUUUUCAACUUCUUUUAUCUUUCUGUAACUAUUGGAGCAAUAGUGGCCUUCACUUUGGUAGUCUACAUUCAAAUGAAACAUGGAUGGGGAUCUGCCUUUGGUUCAUUGGCCAUAGCUAUGGGUAUAUCAAACAUGUUAUUCUUUAUCGGCAGUCCUUUAUAUAGGCAUAGAUUGCCAGGAGGCAGCCCCCUGACAAGAGUUGCACAAGUUCUGGUUGCUGCUUUUCGGAAGAGAAAAGCCUCCUUUUCCAGCAGUGAGUUAAUAGGCCUUUAUGAGGUUCCUGGCAAACAUUCUGCUAUAAAGGGUAGUGGAAAGAUAGCUCAUACAGAUGAUUUCAGAUGUUUGGACAAGGCAGCUCUGCAAUUGAAGGAAGACGGUGUAGAUCCAAGUCCUUGGAAGCUUUGUACGGUGACUCAAGUAGAGGAAGUCAAGAUACUUAUAAAACUUGUUCCAAUACCAGCUUGCACAAUAAUGCUCAGUCUAAUCUUAACAGAGUAUCUGACUCUAUCAGUACAGCAGGCAUAUACUUUGAAUACGCAUUUGGGUCAUCUCAAACUUCCAGUAACAUGCAUGCCGGUGUUUCCUGGCCUCAGCAUAUUCCUUAUAUUGUCUCUAUAUUACUCAGUAUUUGUUCCGAUAUCCCGUCGCAUUACCGGUAAUCCUCAUGGUGCUUCUCAGCUUCAAAGAGUAGGAAUCGGUCUGGCAGUUUCAAUUUUAUCUGUUGCUUGGGCUGGAAUUUUUGAGAGGUAUCGGAGAAACUAUGCCAUUGAACAUGGGUACGAGGUUAGUUUCUUGACUCCCAUGCCUAACCUUAGUGCGUACUGGUUAUUGAUCCAGUAUUGCCUGAUUGGAAUAGCUGAAGUAUUUUCCAUCGUUGGAUUAAUUGAAUUUCUCUACGAGGAAGCUCCUGAUGCAAUGAAGAGCAUAGGAUCUGCUUAUGCAGCGCUAGCUGGUGGGAUAGGCUGCUUUGCAGCAAGUAUAUUGAACAGCAUCGUGAAAUCAGUGACAGGGAACCCAGACAAGAGGCAGCAAUCAUGGUUAUCCCAGAAUAUAAAUACUGGGAGAUUUGACUAUUUCUACUGGCUGCUUACAGUUCUGAGCGUGAUAAAUUUCUGUGCUUUUCUAUAUUCAGCCCAUAGGUACAAGUACAGGGAAGAGCAGAAUUUUGGGAUUCGUGAAGAAGUUGUAACCAGCAAACAAAACACCCCAACUAGGGGCUAA